UACAUGCAAUCUUUGUACUUAUUUAUGGUAAAGUAGUUUACAAUUAUUCUAAUUAUUUAAAUCUAUCUGUCUAUAAAGAUGAAUUUGAAAAAAUGUCCAUUAAUGAAAUUAUAAAUGGUAGUAAAGAUGAUAAAUUUCCAGGUCUAAUUAAUAUAAUGCUUCAAUAUCUUGAAUCAGUAAAUAUUGAUAUUGAAACAAGAUAUCAUUUGGAAAAGUAUAUUGAGUUUGUUGGCAUGCGCGCUA